GUACUUGAAACUGACUAAGCAUCGGAGGUGUAAUUACUGCGACAACUGUCACUGCGUCAGGGUCACGCGGUGCUCCGGAUCUAUCGAUUGGCAGGAGGGUUCGCACCGUGACAAGGCGAUGGGUAUUUUUGAGUGGGUAGAAGAAAAACCCACGGACAACGGUAAACAAAUGAUCAACAAGGUAUUUACCCAUCAAUUUCGACCAUGACCAUAGAGCCGCCCUUAGAUACACCAGACAAUGUUUCCCACCAAAAAAUCAUACAAGUUUCCCUGCGAACAGGUCCUCCGACAAGGGAAGAGUUGCUCGCGUACUAUCCAGCGAAGUUCACAUGGCACCAGCUCAAGACCUUCGUGAAUUCUGGGGAUCUCGGGCUACUAAAGCGUGACAAGGCGCUGCAAGAAAGAUAUGAUGCGUGGUCUCCAGAUAUUGUAAAAGAGCACGGUUCAAUGGAGAACUACCUUAUCAACCAUCGUCUCCAAUGGGGAAAGCCGGAUACCCUUUCGCUCUUACCCUCAGCACUCGAUGGCGAUACCAGACUCAAGGACGUAUCCAUCUCACCAUCCAAAUCUAAUCAGCCCCUCCUAGACACACCCGAAUAUUUUAAAGCUGAUAUCCCGUUCGACUCGGAGUUCAUCAGUAUCAUUCAGAACUCCUGGCCUUACUCCGUCCCUAUCGAGAUCGAACAUACGCUCAUCUGGUCGCGAGUACCUAUCUUCCAUCCAGAUCUCAUCCCACCAGCAGUCGAUACACAGAUUCAACAAGAUGGCCUGCGUGGGUUUACAGGCAACGACGAGCUUCCACCCUCACCGUCCACCCUACCAGAAUGUUUGCCUGCCCUAGCGGAGUGGGGAAUCACAAUGGACAAAUUAGUUCGCAGCCCCAGGGGCAGUCCAGAGAUCGAAGAGAUGGUGAGGAACGCUGGAAGAGAAAUAGACGGUUUUGUGAAACGAAGGUGGGUGGAGAGGGAAUGGGAGACUGCAUGGUUUGUCAACCCCCCAAGGCUACAAAGCGUUCGUGGACUAGCACAUAUACAUGUAUUCGCGAAGAAGAAGGAAUACUUAUAGAUUAGACCAACAUUAGACAUAGAAUACAGUUUCAUGAUUUGUUGUCUUUGCGAACGAGUUUCAUUUGAUCCACCACUAUCUUCACAACAUCACGCCAUUCCGUCAUAGCACCGAGUCCAACGUCCCCACACGCAAGAUUUUUUCCGAUUGGCCCGACAACUUGGUAGCCCACGACAUCCCGGACGACGUGUAAAUGUUCUGCCGUGAGCGGAUGCUCGUACAUGAGCGUAUUCAUCGCCGGGAAUACGUAAGUCGGUGUCGUAGG